CACAACCGCUUUCCGUAGAUUAUACAACUGAACGGGCGUUUUGUAAAUAAGUUCCAGAAUUGUAACAAAUAUUUAUCAAUUAAAGAGACAAUAAGGGGAACAUAAAAUAGAUACCAGACAUGAGCAACCUUACGGCGGUUUUCCAGAUGUUAAGACAGCGACUGAUAGCGCCCGCGAUAGGAAACUCGGCACGUUGUUAUGCCGUCAAACCGGCGGCCCCAGCGAGCAAGAAGAAAAAGCUGGGCAAGCUGGGGCCCAUCAUGGAGAAGAAAAUCAUUCCCGUGGAGACGGAUGCCAACAAGCUGGUGAACUAUGUGUGCGGUAGCAACUACCUGAAAACAGGAGAGGAUGUCAAGAUCAAACCGGAUGCGGAGUACCCCGACUGGCUGUGGUCCCUGAACACGGAACGCAUCAUCCCGCUGGACGAACUGGACCCCAACUCCAAGCAGUACUGGCGACGCCUCAGGAAACUGGCCUUGCGGCGCAACAACCAGCUGUCAAAGCUCAAGAAGUUCUAGACCCCAUAGCCUUAGGUGUUAUCGUUCAUUUUGGAGACCGGACCCUCGAAGCGCUUUGUUUUCUCGAGCAACAAUUGUGCAAACACCAUGUUUCCUGCGAAGUCAAAGCGCAAAUACAUAUAACACAACCACUUCAA